AUGGCUCCGUUUCCAUCUCCACUCGAACGCGUAGUUGCUUCGGCUUUGCUAGUCCUGGCCACCACACCUCCGAAGCUCUGUUUGGACGACGAUAUCGAGUUGGUGAGGGAGCGAAGCAAGAUAGAGAAUUGCAGAGAGAGCUCGGUUUCUGGGGAUUCCAAUAAGUCCUUCUCGUCGUUGAUCACCACAUGCGAGGUUUCCACGGAGGAGAUUCGAGCUCGUAAGAUCAGAAUCGUAGCGCUUGCUGCUCUUCGUCAUGAGAUGAAGCUCAAGGGUGUGCGGAGAAGUCGCUCCAAGACGCAAACAAGCUGGAAGACCGUCUCUGGAUCGUCGGAGACGGCGUCCUUUCGAUCUGAGACUACCACGGAGUCUUCGUGCGUGUCCACCAGCUCCUGUGCGGCUUCAAGCGCGCGAAGCCAAAGCAGAAGCCGACACCCGUCAUGGUCAGCCUGGAAUUAUCGUGGUGCCAGUAAGCUUUCGAUGGUAAGGGAGGAGCCGAGGAAGAGGAAGCGGCUGAGCUUCUCGGCUCACAUGCGCCGCAAAGCCGAGGAAAUUCUGAAGCUCUUGUCCGGUGGCUGCUGCUUCUCUGAAGUUAAGAUUCGUCAGACCAUCGGUGACAGUCCUGACACUAGCAAAGCACUCAGAAUGUUGUUGAAGCUUGAGAAGGUCAAAAGGUCAGGCAUUGGAGGCCGUUACAACCCUUAUAUUUACACGAUAGCGUGA